AUGGUCAGAACUAGAGCAACAGGUGUGACAACACCAAUACCGGCAAGACAGGGUACGCCUAAGCCAACCGUUGGGGAUGCAGCUCGAAGGGGAGCAGUGGCAAGAGGCAGUAGUAGAGGUCGCGGGAGCAGGCCCACUAGAGGCAGAGGACAAACACCUGGUCCAGCUAGGGAUAAAGUGGUGACUCAUCCACCGACUGACGAGGUAGUGAGAGAGAGUGACGAAGGGGAAGAUGAGCAGAUUCAAGAGAAUGAAGUACCACCCCAGUCUACUCCAGAGAUGAUUAAUCAAGUUCUCACUUAUCUUAGCGGGUUAUCUGAUCAGGGGCAGGCACCCCCAACAUUUUCUUUACUAGCACCUCAAGUUCAGGGAGUACAACAUGCAGUCGAUGUGGCUCCUCGCAUGGAUGCGUCUUUGGAAACAGGCACGUUUCCCCGAUUGACUACAGGGCCUAUAAUGACUAGUGACCAGCAUGAUCUUUUUAUUAAGUUCUUAAAGCUGAAACCUCCAGUUUUCAAGGGUACUGAAUCUGAAGAUGCUUAUGAUUUCCUAGUUGAUUGUCAUGAGUUGUUACAUAAGAUGGACAUAGUGGAGCGAUUCGGUGUUGAGUUUGUGACCUACCAGUUUCAAGGGGAUGCCAAAAUGUGGUGGCGGUCUCAUGUGGAGUGUCGACCAGCAAAGGCACCACCUAUGACUUGGACAACAUUUUCUAGCUUAUUUAUGGAGAAGUACAUACCCCGGACUUUGAGGGACAGAAGGAGAGAUGAGUUCUUGAACAUAGAGCAAGGAAGGAUGUCUGUUGCAGCUUAUGAGGCUAAAUUUCGUGCGUUAUCCAGGUAUGCCACUCAACUUUGCUUCAGUCCGCAAGAGCGGAUUCGCCGCUUUGUAAAGGGAUUGAGGUCAGAUUUGCAGAUCCCAGCUUUACAGGUAGCUGCUUCUGCAAAAUCUUUUCAGGAAGUGAUUGAUUUUGCGAUUGAGGUAGAGGGGGUGAAGCCGGAUGACUUCACCAAGGUGUCAACAUUUAAAAAGUUUCGUAAGGGAGGUGAGUUUAGUGGUUCGUACUCCAGAGGGCAGAGUUCAGGGGGCUAUCCACUCCGUCCUAUUCAGUCUUCAUUGCAGGCUUCAGUUGAGGGUCCGUUGCGGGCCAGUCAACCUUUUUCUGAGUUUGGGGGUUACUUCCAGUCUUCUUCGUCUUCACAGAGACCUACACUCGACUCUAGGACUUGUUAUGGAUGUGGAGAGGCCGGACAUAUCAAGAAAUAUUGUCCAAAGCAGAGUCAGGCUCGGUACGAUCAGAGUUACAGAUCCCCAACAGUUAGUGGUAGAGGUGGUCAUGGUAGAGGCCGUCAUUCUGGAGGAUGUGGUGGCCAAGGUAAUGGUGGUCACCAGUUCAACCGGGGUGGCGGGCAGGUUGGAACUACUGGAGUGCAGCCUUGCAGAGGCAAUGGACAGACAGGUGAUAGGGCCCGUUGUUAUGCCUUCCCCGGAAGGUCAAAGGUAGAGACAUCUGAUGCUGUUAUCAUAGGUACUCUUUUGGUCUGUGAUCGCAUGGCUUCUAUAUUGUUUGAUCCUGGAUCCACAUUUUCUUAUGUAUCCUCCUCGUUCACUACUGGUCUUGAUUUGCAUUGUGAUUUGCUUGACAUGUCUAUUCGUGUCUCUACUCCUGUUGGUGAGUCUGUGAUAGUGGAAAAGGUGUAUAGGUCUUGCCUUGUGAUUUUUGUGGGGGGCGAGACUUAUGUAGAUCUGAUUAUUCUAGAGAUGGUUGAUUUUGAUGUAACUUUGGGUAUGACUUGGCUUUCUCCAAAUUUUGCUAUCUUAGAUUGUAAUGCUAAGACUGUGACCUUGGCCAAGCCUGGGAUAGAUCCACUUAUGUGGGAGGGUGACUAUAUUUCCUCCCCAGUUCGUAUUAUCUCUUGUCUUCGUGCUAAGAGGUUGGUGAGUAAGGGUUGUUUAGCCUUCUUGGCACAUCUUAGGGAUGAUACUUCCAAAGUGCCUUCAAUCGAGUCUGUUUCGAUAGUCUGUGAGUUUAGAGAUGUUUUUCCUUCUGACCUACCCGGUAUGCCACCAGAUAGAGAUAUUGAUUUUUGUAUUGAAUUGGAGCCGGGGACUCACCCCAUUUCCAUUCCACCUUAUAGAAUGGCCCCAACUGAGCUAAGGGAGUUAAAGGCCCAACUUCAGGAAUUGUUAGGUAAAGGUUUUAUUAGACCGAGUACAUCUCCUUAG